AUCUGAGCAAGCGGCCACUGCAUUCCUGUUCCUGGCGGCUCCUUCGACGAUCAUGGGGAGCGAUCUGGACAGACAAAUCGAGCAACUUCGGCGAUGCGAGAUCAUCAAGGAAAGCGAGGUCAAGGAACUAUGCAAUAGAGCCCGAGAGAUCCUGGUGGAGGAAAGCAAUGUCCAGAGAAUCGCUGCUCCUGUCACGAUCUGCGGCGACAUCCAUGGCCAAUUCUACGAUCUCAAGGAGCUAUUCAAAGUCGGCGGCAAGUGCCCCGACACCAACUACCUAUUCAUGGGUGACUUUGUGGAUCGCGGCUUCUACAGUGUCGAAACAUUUCUGCUGCUGCUGGCGCUGAAGGUGCGGUAUCCUGAUCGGAUGACGCUGAUCCGUGGCAACCACGAAAGCCGGCAGAUCACCCAAGUCUACGGAUUCUACGACGAGUGUCUCCGCAAAUACGGCUCGGUCAACGUCUGGCGCUACUGCUGCGAAAUCUUUGACUAUCUAAGUCUCUCGGCCAUCAUUGAUGACAAGAUCUUUUGUGUCCAUGGCGGUCUUUCGCCAUCGAUAACAACUCUGGAUCAAAUCAGAACAAUAGACCGGAAGCAGGAGGUUCCCCACGAUGGCGCCAUGUGCGACCUGCUGUGGUCCGAUCCCGAGGAGAUCGAAGGAUGGGGCCUCAGUCCCAGAGGAGCCGGCUACCUCUUUGGAGGCGAUGUCGUGGGCCAGUUCCUUCACACCAACAAUCUCGAGUUAAUCGCGAGAGCGCAUCAGCUCGUCAUGGAAGGAUACAAGCUUAUGUUUAAGGAUACCAUCGUUACGGUGUGGUCAGCGCCAAAUUACUGCUACAGAUGCGGGAACGUCGCUGCAAUCUUGGAGUUCGAUGAGCACCUCAACAAGAAUUACAAGCUCUUUGAGGCAGCCCCGCAGGAAGCGCGCGCGAUACCCGCAAAGAAACCUGCUCCCGACUAUUUCCUGUAGUUGUGCGUUGCAUUUGGAUGACUGUGCUCUGGUCGUGCGUGCUUGAUUUUCGGCAGCGAUGUGGCCGCCGUGAGUGGCAGUUGCUUGCGCUCUAGCUUUCCUACCCGAGCCAUUCUUUGUGAUGGCUGAUCGUUUUGUGACAGGCACUGGGCCUUGACCUAAUACAACUUACAGUCAAUGGAA